CAUCCACUGGAUCGUGGAGGUGUACGACGAGAGACUUUUUAAAAUAUUUUUUAAGUGCCUUUUACCGAUAAUUAAAAAAAAAAUCCAACCAAAGUGCACAUCGUACCUUCCAACACCCCAAACAGCAAAUCCGCCACUUUCCUUAUCGCCGAUGGUUUUUUUUUCCUCACUCCAAACCCUUGCAAAAAUCUCAAAUUAACCGCCGCUCUCCUACACCCACAGAUCGAAAUGGAGCUCUUUUCUCCUCUCCAUGGCCUCUCAUCCGUCGACCUCUCCUUCUCCACUUCCCUUUCUCCUCUCCCCUUUCGCUCCUACGUCCGAUCCCGCCGGCCGACUACCCGUCGCCGGGCUCUCGCCAUCGCCAGCACGCCGGUGCCAGACGCUCCCCCAAAUAGUCCCCAGCGCCUCCUCCGUGAGCUCGCCGAGCGCAAGAAGGUCGCUUUCCCCAAGAAGAAGGUUCCUCCACGCCGAUUCAUCCUCAAACCUCCGCUCGACGAUGCGAAGCUCACCCAGCGCUUCCUCAACAGCCCUCAGUUGUCCCUCAAGUCCCUGCCGCUUCUUAGCUCCUGCCUUCCUUCCGCCCGCCUUAACAAUGCUGACCGCACUUGGAUAGACGAGUACCUCCUCGAGGCCAAGCAGGCCCUGGGGUACCCCCUGGACUCGUCCGAGCAACUUGACGAUGGGAAUCCAGCCAAGCAGUUUGACACACUGCUGUACCUAGCGUUCCAGCACCCGGCGCCAGACUGCCAGCGUGCCAAUGCCAAGCACGUCAGGAACGGACACUCCAGACUCAGCUUCCUGGGGCAGUACGUGCUUGAGCUGGCGUUCGCUGAGUAUUUCCUGCAACGUUAUCCGCGAGAAUCGCCUGCGCCAAUGAGGGAGAGGGUUUUUGCGCUGAUAGGAAAGAGGAAUCUUCCCAAAUGGAUUAAAGCAGCUAGCUUGCACAACCUGGUGUUUCCUUAUGAUGAUAUGGAUAAGAUGAUUCGCAAGGAUAAGGAAUCUCCAGCGAAGUCUGUAUUUUGGGCAUUGUUUGGAGCCAUAUAUUUGUGUUUUGGUAUGCCUGAAGUAUAUCGUGUACUAUUUGAGGCAUUUGGUAUGGACCCAGAGGAUGAAAGCUGUCAACCAAAAUUGAGGCGGCAAUUGGAAGAUGUUGAUUAUGUCUCGGCGGAGUUUGAGAACAAACAAAUUAGCUGGCAAGAUAUGGCUUCAUACAGGCCUCCACAAGAUGCUCUUUUUGCCCAUCCAAGGCUUUUUAGAGCAUGUGUACCACCAGGUAUGCAUCGAUUUCGAGGGAAUAUCUGGGACUUUGACAGUAGGCCUAAAAUCAUGGGAGCAUUGGGAUAUCCUUUGUUCAUGAAUGAUCGAAUUCCAGAAGUCGCUGAGGCAAGGAAUAUUGAACUUGGCCUUGGUCUUCAGUUGGCAUUUUUACACUCAUCCAAAUACAAGUUCGAGCAUCCAAGAUUUUGUCUAGAACGGUUGGAAUAUGUUGGGCAAAAGAUUCAGGAUCUCGUGAUGGCAGAAAGAUUGCUAAUGAAGCAUCUUGAUGCCCCCGGAAGAUGGAUACAAGAAAAGCACCGGCGCACAUUGAUGAACAAGUUCUGCGGCCGAUACUUGAGGGAUCGGCACCUUCAUCACUUCAUCAUUUACGGAGAGUCGGUUCAAGAUAAGUUUGAGCACAACCGGAGGCUGAGAAAUCCUGCAACGACUGCAGUCCAGCAAGCCAUACAUGGGCUUGCGUAUACCAUCUACGGCAAACCGGAUGUGAGGCGCUUGAUGUUUCAAGUGUUUGAUUUCGAGCAAAUCCAGCCAAAGGCUGUGUGAAUACAAGCAUAUCCAUUUUUUUUCUAGUUAUCUUCAAUAUGCCAAAUCAAUCGUAUCGCCAAUGCAUCAACUUCCCCAUUGUAAUGCGACUGAGGCUUCAAAAUCCCCAACAAGAAAUCGAUGAUAUGAUUAGCAAAGGUUCUGAAGAUUAUCAUCUGUAAAAUGGGAGAGACCUCUUCGAACCUGUUGCUUUUGCCCUCCGAUCA